CUUCGUAAGCAGCUGAUAUUUCCAGUGUUGAAAAUUGAUUUUAUGAUCUACUGGAGCCGGAGAGCUGGCAGUAAUGGACUCUGCGGAUUCUCGCGACGGAGAAGUGCCUCUGGUUGUGGAUAAUUUGCAACCCGCCCAGACUUUAGAGUCUACUGUCAAUGCUGCAGGAGAUUUGGGAACAAUAUCACUUGGGAUUUUGUAUGUUUCUUUCUCAGUCUUCUCUUUAGUUGCAUCAUUGGUGGUUCGUGCUCUGGGCUCAAAGAAUGCUCUUGUUCUUGGGACAACUGGUUAUUGGUUAUUCAUAGCAGCAAAUUUGAAGCCAUCCUGGUAUACCAUGGUACCGGGUUCUUUAUACCUUGGUUUUGUUGCGUCAGUAAUAUGGGUUGGAGCGGGGACAUACCUUACUUUCAUUGCUCGCAGUCAUGCAAGGGGUUUUAAUUUUUAUGAAGGAACAGUGAUCGGUAAAUUCAAUGGAGAAUUUUGGGGAGUGUACAAUGCUAACCAGGUUGUUGGGAACCUUAUCUCGCUUGCUUUGCUGGGAGAUGGAGAGGAUGGGAGUACAAGAGGCACAAUUCUGUUGUUUACCGUGUUUCUUUGUAGCAUGACAUUGGGUACUACUCUUAUAUGCUUCUUGCACCAAAAUGAUAAUAGAAAGGAAAAGGGACCAGCCGAUUCUUCUGCAAUAUCUCUUUCAAAAUCAGUUAUUGCUCCUUUGCUUGACAAACGGAUGCUAUUGAUAAUUCACCUUUUUGCUUACACGGGCUUACAGACAGCUUUUGUAUGGGCUGAUUUCACCAAGGAAAUUGUAAAGCCAGCCCUUGGACAGUCUGGUGUCGGUGGUGCCAUGGCAGUUUUAGGGGCUUUUGAUGUAAUAUGUUCAGUAGUGGCUGGUCGACUCACCUCUGGUCUCAAGUCAAUCACAUUCAUACUUUGUGGUGGUCUUUUAGUUCAGGCUGUCGUAUUCCUCUGGCUUCUGCUAACAUACAGCAUAACUGGUGGAGUCCUUGGCAUUAUAUACCCACUUCUCACGGCAGGCCUACUGGGUGUUGGUGAUGCAGUAUUACAUACACAGCUUAGUACUUUACUGGCACUGCUCUUUAAUCAUGACACGGAAGGAUCAUUUGCACAUAUGAGGGUGCGGCAAAGUGCUGCCAUUGCAGUCAUAUUCUUCCUGAGUCCACACAUCUCAUUUCAGACAAUGGUGUUGAUUAUGCUCGCUGGGAUCUGUGUUUCUUUGCUCACAUUUCUGUUUCUUGCCCUCAAGGUAGAGAAAGCAUUUUCCAGAAUCGUAAAUGCUAAUAUUUCAGCAACUUAACAUGUGAUCCGAUGUCUCUUAAAGUGAAUUUAAAGUUAUACUAUUGCUGUAUGAUAAAAAAUAAAAAUAAAAAAAUCCAUUGUCAAACUUAACCUUAAAAAUUCAUUUAUAACAAGUAAUGUCAUUUUCUUUUUCUUUAUUUUUCUACCUUCUACUGUAGUUGCAUCUAUUGUAUAUAAAAGUAAAUGUGAUCGAGUGUUGCCUGCUCUCUCAGUCUGGACUGGAAUGUUCUGUUAUUAUGAACCAGCUUAACAUUAAAGUUCUGAUAAAUUC